UCUCGUAAGUUUUGAAUAUAUAAAAUAGUGGUGUUUUUAACAAAAUUUGAGUGUGAUUUUUUGAAAAAAUGAGUAAAGAGAAGAUAAUAGACUUGGAUGAGAUCCUGCUAGAGCUGGGCCAGUUCGGGAGGCACCAGCUGAAGAACUACUGUCUGAUUCUGAUACCGAUUAUGUUCAGCGCGGUUUACAACAGUCAGUACAUAUUUGCAGCUGGCAAUGUGCCUUAUAGAUGCAAAAUCCCAGAAUGCGAGUUAGACCCGCCGAAGUUCGAGACAAAUGGGUGGGGAAACUGGGCCCUUCCCGACGGCAGAGGGCGCUGCGAGCGGUACGUCCCGGUUGGCACCUCCUGCGCUGCCGAAUCCUUCCACCCCACUGACACAAAGCGCUGCUCCAGAUGGGUCUACGAGAACCACGACACCAUCGUAUCCACGUUCGACUUGGCAUGCGAGGAAUGGAAGCGGACGUUGGUGGGCACGCUCCACAGCGCGGGCAUAUUCCUGGCGCUACCGCUCACUGCCUACAUCUCCGACAAUUUUGGUCGUCGAGUGGCCUUCAUCCUGACGGCCGUGGCCCCGGCGGCCGUGGGUCUGGGACGCUCCUUCUCUCAGAACUACGUCACAUAUGUGAGCUUGGAAUUCUUCGAAGCAGUCGUUGGUGCUGGCGUCUACAGCUCUGGCUUCAUUCUUGCUCUUGAAAUGAUGGGGCUGAACAAGCGGGUUCUGGGAGGCAACAUCAUUUCUUGCACCUUCGCUGUCGGUCAAGCAGUAGUCGCGCUAAUAGCGUGGGCUGCACCUGAAUGGAGAACCCUCACCAGAAUCAUCUACGUGCCUUCCUUCCUCUUUAUAUUCUACUACUUCUUGAUAGAAGAGAGCGUCCGAUGGUUGCUCAGUAAGGGAAGAAAGAAGGAAGCGGCUGCGAUCAUUUUUAAAGCAGCGGCGGUUAACAAUAGAAAACUUUCUCCUGAAACUAUCAAAAUAUUGACAGACGAUACACCAACGACAACGGAUCAUGUGAAAACGUCAGCAGAACCUGAAGAGAAACAAGAAAGCCUUGCGUUACAAGUGUUAAAGUCCAAAGUGCUAAUAUCAAGAUUGUUUAUAUGCUCGUUUUGGUGGAUUACAGUGACGUUUAUCUACUAUGGCCUCUCCAUAAACUCUGUGUCUCUCGCCGGGAACAGCUACGUGAACUACAUCCUCACGGCGUUGAUCGAGAUCCCCGGUUACUGCGUCAGCGUCUUAACCCUGGACCGUUUUGGAAGGAAGAGUUCGAUUAUGACCGCCUUCUUCGUUUGUGGAAUCUCUUUAGUUUGCUUGCCCUUCAUUCCUUACUAUCUGCUAUGGCUGCAAACAUGCCUGAACUUGCUGGGCAAGCUCUGCAUCAGCAUGGCCUUCAGCAGCAUCUACAUCUACACGUCGGAGCUGUACCCCACCACGCUGAGGCACAGUCUGGUCGCUGUGUGCUCGAUGGCCGGUCGGAUCGGACAGGUCGUCGCACCGCAAACUCCACUUUUGAUGGCGUACAUGGAAUCGCUGCCCUACCUGCUGUUCGGCGUGAUGGCGGCCACUUCAGGGCUGCUGAUGCUGCUGACUCCGGAGACGCUGCACAUCCGGCUGCCGGACACCGUGCGCCAGGCCGAGCGCAUCGCCGUCGCGCCGCGCUCCACGCGAACCACCGACAUUAUUGUGGACUAGACUAUAAUAAUUUUAAUAAGUAUACCUACGUACAGCGACAAGGAUCUUUUAACGCGUGGCAAAUAUCUAAACUACCGCCGCCAUCUUGUGAAGUUUUACGCUGUCCCCUUGUAAAUAAAAACGAAAACGAAAAAGUGGCGAAUGGCUGACGUAGGAAUAUGUUCAUACACUAAGCAGUUACUCGUCAUAUUAUAUCAUUGAUUGACAUGACCUAA